UGGGGAGCGGGCGCGAGGGCAGGCAGGCGAGCCCAAAGCGGGAGCCGGAAUCCGGAGGCAGCGGCGGCAAGCUCGCUAGGGCCGUGGCGGGGCGAGGGGCGCGCGGGGCGUUGGCAACGGGGCGCGCGCCUGCGUCGCGACUUGGAUGCGGCAGGAACGCUUCUGCGCCCCGCGCGCUCAAAGCGAGCCGUUCAACAGCUGGCCUCGCGGGCAACAUUCACAGGGAGCGACGCAGAGUGUUGACGGUUGCGACUGCGGCGGUUGAAGGGAGGAGGAGGAGAGGGCGGCGGCGGCGGUGGUGGUGGCGCAGCCCUAGCAGAGCCGGCAGUGGAGACGCAACUGCUCCUUGGGCUCUCGCCCAUGACCUGCGCCCACCUCUACCGGAGAACUUUUGAAUGCUGCUGACUCCAACCGGUGACUUGUAUCGGAACGACUCAGUUCUUUGCAAGCAACUCUUCACUGUAGCCCCCUCCCCCCCAAGUGUCUUAAAUGGAGUAGGUGCUUGUAUUCCCUGGUGAGGAGGCCACAUCACAGUGGUCCACUAUGAAGAGUUCACUUGAAUUGUGGGUUCUCCAGCCUUUCCUCCCUUGAUCUCAUUAUCAGCAUAAGGAAUCCCAAGGCCACCAUGACUGUCACAGUGGUAUAUGAUAACUCUGAGGCAACAGAGCUGUGUGCAGCUCAGCACCUCUACCUCAAGCCCAUAGCAAAAUUGAUGAUCAAUGUAUUGCUCCCAGAGAGUACAGAACCUGUGAGGCCCUUCUCCAACUGGGAAGUUCUGGACCAGCUGAAGAGCCUGAUUUGCCCUGAUCAGUUCACCACAGUUCGGCUCUCUAAGAGUACUAAGGACUUCAUCCGAUUUGAGGGUGAGGCUGAAACCCAAAGUUUGGUUCAGAUCCUGAAGGCAAAGUUACAUGGGAAGAUCAUCAAGCUAAACGGUUUGAAAACAGACUUAAAAGUAGUGGCCACAGAUGCCCAGGGAGAGUGGGAACAUUUUCCCAAGGAAAAGGAGGCCUCAUGGAGUGAUGGGGCUGAAGAGCAGGAUCAUGAUAAGAGCCCAGAUUCCAUAUAUUUUGAAGGCUUGCCCUGUAAAUGGUUUGCACCUAAAGGUUCCAGUGGGGAGAAGCCAUGUGAAGAGAUACUUCGGGUGGUCUUUGAAAGUUUUGGGAAGAUCAAGAAUGUGGAUAUCCCUAUGCUUGACCCCUACAGAGAAGUGAUGACUGGUGGGAGCCUUGGGGGCUUUAGCUUUGGCUUGCAGACCUUCGAGGCCUUUAUACAGUACCAAGAGUCAACUGACUUUGUAAAAGCCAUGGAGUCCCUUCGAGGAAAGAAGCUGAUGCUUAAAGGAGAUGAUGGGAAAGCUCUGGCAUGUAACAUUAAGGUUAUGUUUGAUACAACCAAACACUUCAGUGAAGGAGCUAUAAGAAAGAGAAAUCAGGAAAGGCUAAAAUUACAAGAGCUGGAGGAAGAAAGGAAAAAAGAAAAGAAGAGAGAAGAGGAAGAGGCUGAAAGAAAAAGAAAAGAUGAGAGGAAAGCCCAGGAAAGGAGGAAGAAGGCCAGAGUAAGGAAGCGAGCUCUGAAGGAAAGGGACAGACAGCGGCGGAGGAAGCAGAAGGAUAAAGCCAAAGCUGAGGUGCCUCAGGAACCCGACUCUUCAGAGGAGUGGGAGGAGAGGAAGUACCUGCUGGCUCAGAGGCGGGUUGAGGCCCUCCGGUUGCUACGGGUACUCCUGAGGAAAAUUGCAGAAUCCGCACAAUUUAAUCCACACACGGUAGAUGUUGUAGACCCUGAAGCAGAGAAAGAUCUUGCUCUGGGGAACACAUUGGAAACUCUGGAGAAAGAAGAGUUAGAUACUCAGUACCUCCAAUAUCAAGAAGAAAUGCCAAAAUAUCAGGUGGCCAAGUCAGACAAUAAACGAAAACAAAAAAUGAAGAAAAAAACCGGGACUCACUUACGUAAAUCUUCCCAGUGCCUUGGGAGAAAAAAAUUAAGGUGUUCAGUUAGAAAAGAGAGAACUGGAAAACUAUUAAGUGAUAGAUACAAUCAUCACAGUUUGGUCUCUGACCAGGAUUCCUUGCAGAUUACAACGAUUCAAGGUCAGUCUCUUGAGAAAGAAGACUACCGCAGUUCUAAUAAAUCCUAUUCUUCCAGAUUACCUGAGAGAGUCAGUGGCAGAAAACAGAAGAUCUAUGAAACAGAUGAAUUUAUCAACUACCUAUUAAACUAUUAUCAAGCUCCAAAGUAUGCCCGUAUCUGCCUAGAACCAAGUCAUAUAACAAGCACAUGCCAUUGGCAGAGGGAUGUCCAUGCCAAGGGAAAUGGACUACAGAUCAAUUUGAGAAAACAUGGGCAUCACUUAACCAAUCUGAGCCAAAUGCAAAACCUGGAAAGAAGAGAACAGGUUCAAGAAGAUGAUUACUGGACAAAGAUUUGUACUCAGGAUCAUGAGCAUAAAUCACAAGAGAGAGGAAAAGCAGACUAUACCAAAGAAUGUACUAAGGAGUUUGAAAAUCAUUGCAAGGAUACAGCCAGUGAAGCUGAUGAUCAGCUCUCCCCAACUGAUAGAAAGAGCCAUCUGUUGGAAAAUUCAGAUGCUCACAAUGUCAAAGACUCUGAAUCUGGAAGGCAAAGCCAAGUUUCCUCACCUUCCACAUCAGUCAGCUUAUUUUGGUAUUUGAAAGAUGUUCUAGAGGAAAUUAGUAGUGAUUCCGAAUGCUUCAGUGAAACCAUUAGCAGCAUAAACAAAGAGGAGCAAGAAAAAUCUGCAGCCACAUAUCAUAGCUCCCCAGAAAAAGGAUCCCUUGACUCUGCUGAAAUCAUCAAUUAUGAUCAAGUAAUUAGGUCAGGUCAGCAGACCUUAUAUUCAAAAUGGAAAUGUGAUGGUGAGAAAAAAUACUCUAACUACAAGCUUAGGAACCCAGGCAAGAGGCCCAAGUAUGAACUGAGAAGUUCAUGGCUUGAGGGUGAAAAUAAUUCCAAUAGAGAUGAGAGAAACAAUAGUAAAAUGAGGGAUUCUAGCCCCAGAUACCUGUUUGAUGAAGGCUACUACCAUGAAUCUAGUUCCAGUGAUCUAUUAGAGGACAACCCAAGAAAGAGGAGGAGGUUUAGUGGCAGUACAUUUGACCAGAAAGUGAAGUAUAGGCCCUCUCAUGUGCCAAUAGCAUCAUCAGAAAGUGUGAAUACUUUCUAUUUAGGAGAUUUUUCCAAAAGAAGAGAGACUCCUUGGAAGUCAAAACAUAACCAGGAUGCAAGAAGAUUUAAAAGACAUGGCAAUUCUAAAGAUAUCAUGCUGAAUUGUGAUCAUUAUUAUAUCAGACAUAACAGUCAGGAGCACAUUGAUGAUGGAAGCUAUUUUGGAAACUAUACCAGUUCUUUAUAUUUUCAAAUGUUUUGAUGUUCGCUUAGAUCAAGAACACCCUUCUUCACGAUAAUUUGAAAGAAGAAAAUUCAAAACCAAAUAUAGUUAUGUAGUUAGCAACUACAGAGCAAGAGAACAACCUUUAAAAACUUGAGCAAGGUCAAAUGCAAUGCCUUGUUUCUCUUGCCAAAGUAUAAAGCAUAGAUCAAAAUGAUUGCAGGUGUGUUGGCAAGCUUUGGAAAUACGAAACAUCCAGAUUCUGAAGUUUGGUAAAUCAAUGUGCUUGCAAAACUUCUUGAUCCAAGGACAGAUAUUUCUACAGUUCAACUGCAACUUUAAUAUUGUGCCAGCGAAGGAGCAAGUUAACAUGGAAGUCCCCUUAGCUGUCAUAAUGCCAUCAUUUAGUAUCAUUUCUCUUCUAAGGGACAAUAGCAGACAAAUAAGGAUCUUUUUCCACAUUCUUCAAUUUGGUCAGAGAAACCAUGUACAGCAACAAACUUUCCUAACUGACUUUUAUCUACAAAUAAUUACAGAUAAGAGAGGCAACACCUAGAAUAUAUAAUACAGUUCUUCAUGACAUUAGAGAGUUUCAUGAGCACCCACCAGAAGGAAAAGUACUUUACUAAUAUGUUCAUAGUACUCAGUUUUGUCCUUUUGGAAGAAGAAUCUUAAAGGGGCUCAGACUGUCCUUUGAGGUUUAAACAGAUAGCAGAUCAUUAACAAAGUUGUUUUUUUGAAGAACCUCAUAUCUGUUCAUCCUGGAAUAGCAACAGAAUUAAAGUUAUAUAACCAGUGGGAUUUACAAAAGGAAAUAUUGAAAGAUCCUGGGGCACCAAUAAUGGCACUUGGGAAGAGAGGACAUGACAGUAUUCCAUUUCAGGUUAUGUAAUCCUUUCACUCAGGGUUGGGUGACAUCAGUUUGUAAAAAGUCACUGAAUAUACCCAAAUUGACUUUUAUAAAAACAGUAACAAGUGCCUCCUCAAUCCUCAAUAAUGCCAUGGAAUUAGGAAGAGUCAAGGGCAAAGCCCAUAGUUUUCUAGCUGGGGAAAAAAAUGUAUGUGAGCAGGAUUUGUAAACCCUUAACAUAAGAAAUUUAUCUUUUUACCUACUGGUUUUGGACUUCCUAAAUAUGUUUUAACUUUAGAUAUUUUAUAGAUUCUUAAAAUACAUCUCAGUGUGGUACAUGUUCUGUAGAAAGCUCGGCUGAUUCAUUCUGCCUUAUAUUGGAUUUAGGACCUCAGGGGCAGUAGAUGGCAUUUUUUUUUCCCAACAAAGCUAUUCCUGACCUGGCAAUUGAAGACACAUCAGUGAGAUUAGGAACUGCCUGUAGCAGAAAAAGGUAAUUUUAAUCCACAGAAGUAGCGGAAAGCAAGACUUUUAUAUGACACGAUUCAUUUCAAACAGUCUUAAACUUGAUAUUCUGUAGAAAAACACCAGCUGGUGGAGCCAGGUAGGAUACCAUUCAGUCCGGUUGCCUAGAAUGAUGUCACACGAUGUGUGCUCAUAACCAGCGUCUUGAGCAACCUGGUAACUGAAGGGCUACAAAAUCUCCUAAUUUAUCUGAAAUAAGAGCCACAAGUUGUUUCAUUGAUCUCUUACAUUCACAUUUUAAUAGAGGUGUGUUACUAUCUACAAAAAUUCAGAAAUGAAUAUAAUAGAUCAUGUUUAUUAUUAAUAAGAUAAUAACCAAUGAAUGAUUUGUUGGCUCUCUUGUGUUCAAUUCCACUUUUAAGUCAGCGACUGCCAUCGAAACCAGAUUUGGCUUGUCAAAUCUGAAAAAUCACUCCAUGGGGCGAGUGCCUUUUCUCCUCUGAGGACUAGCAAUGACUCUUAAUGUUCAAAGUUUUCCAGCCUAGCCUUUUAAACUACUAACGGCUUGUAUUUUGCCAGACUACUUUCAGUAACUAGGUAUUACUCUCCUUCACUGAGCACCUGCCUCCUUAUUUUUUCAUGUUUCAUGCCACUGAAAUAAAGAACAUUAUGGGAUUGUAAUGGAAAACAGCUAUGCUUACCUUGAAAAACAAAAUCUCAAUUUCUUCUGUCAAAAUUGUUCAAUUUUUCAUUGCAGUUUAUAGUCAUGAAAACAAUUUGCUGCUCAGUAGCCAGAUAUAAAAAAUCAAUUGCAGAAUACAGUGAAAGUGGAAUUUUUUUUGUAUGAUAGAACUGGUGCUAAAUCAUUUCUAUAUAACAUUUUUGUUGUAUUUUCUAAAUACUGUCCUGGGAUCCAGAAGAAAGUAAGAAUACUGGUUUUAUGUUUACUGUUUGUACAACCCUGAAUUUUUAUUUCCGUCUUGUGGUAAUACAUUCUAGAUUUAAGUAAGCCUCUUUUCUGUGAGGCCUUAAAUGAGGAAGAGAACAACUUAUCCUGUACUUUUCAAUUGAAUGGCUCAUUAAGAAAUGAAAUAAUACUGAAAAUAUUAUAAACACUAUUAAUUAAAAUCUUUAUUCUUUGUUGCACUGUUAUUUCAGUGUACAAAGUAAUUUUCCAUAUCUUUUUUCUAUAUCCUAUUAAGAGCCUGAACUUUAAACUUUGUCUUUUUAAAUAGAUGUUUUUGUGUUUUUCCUUGUAUGUGCAGCUGAUAGUGCUUUAAGCUAAAAGUCUGUCAACAUGUUUUUGUUCAAUUUCUUUGACUUGCUCAGGUAGAAAGCCAUGUAACCUGAUAAUUUUGAAAAUAAGAACCAAAUGUAUUUUCAUUUGUUGCAAGACUGUUUAAAGUAUAAACUUUUAAAUACAUGCUGAUAAUUCCACUUUGGGGGGAAAGUUUCUACCUGUAGUAUGCUGCUUUGCACUAAUGUUGCUGAUCCUUCUAAUUUUCAUUGUUUAAGAAAUAUGCAUUUAAUUUUCAGA